AUGACGUCAACCACAGCACACCACACAGUAAAACCGAAAUCACUCACACUUCUUGAAUUAUGUCAAACAAUCAAUGAUAUUCGUCAUACAUCAUCACGAAGUACUGCACAAAUUUUAACACGCCGCCUUUAUCUUCACCCAUUAACAAUUAAUUCUAAUGCAAAACAACAUUCAGCAAAAAUAAUCAAUAACAAUUUACUUCAAAUUGAACAAAUAACUCAAGCAAAUUUAGAAAAAAGAAAUUCGCCACGAAAACAAAAGCCAUAUCGUGGCCUUGCAAUUCUUUCAUCAUCAUUGCCAUUAACAGCGCGCACAAAUACAAAACAAAAUGCAUCAAUCAUAAAUGAUAGUUGCAUUGAUUUUGAAGCGAGUUCAACAACAAUUUCAACGAGUCGUGUUAGUUUACCAGCAACUUAUCGAAGUAUGGCAUCAUUAUCGAAUCGAAUUAAUUUACCGCCAAUUACUAAAUGCGCACCAUCAUUAUCAUCAUCAAGUAAGCAUAGCAUAUCUACUCGAUCAUCAUACAUUUCAAGUCAUCAAAAACCUAUUGUGAAUCAGAAUGAUCCGUGGGAAAAAGUUGAUGUAUGGAUUCAUUUAGCUCGUACAUUACAAAAACCAACGCCAAAAGAUCCACCAACCACUCCACUUGAUCCUUUAUUUGAUUUAGAUUUCGAUCAUAUUCAAGAUCAAAAUAAAGAAUACGAAGAACAACGACGCCAACAGCAGCAACAACAACAACAACAACAGAAUUUUAAUUUUAUACAUGAAAUUAAAAUAUACAAACGAAAUCCUACUAAUGAUUCAGUUAUUAAUGACAGCGAUACCGAUAAAGAGGACUGA